UCUUUUUUGCUAAUAUGUUGCUUAACUGGUGGGGGAGGAACAGCCAUUUCCUUACAAGGGUGUCUGGGUAGGGAGCCACCACCACUGGCUGAGUGGAGGAGAAGCAAGGCCAUCAGUCACAAGGGCAUUUGCAGAGUACUUACUGAGUCCCCCAGGCUAGCACCUUCUCUGCCAAGUGGUGAAGCUGCAGGUUAAACCAAGACCAAACUCCAAAUCUGUGAAUACCUACUUUAUCCUGUGCCGCCAGUGCUUAAAGAAUUGUGCUAAAAGUCAUCUUCCAACAUUUUUAUCUAGAAGCUGACUUGAGAUUGAGACACAGUUUAACUCUACUACACUCUAGCAGGCCCAACUGUUCCAAAUUUCCAAUGUAUAAGGGUGACUCUACAUAGUAAAAGUUCCUGUGUCUCUCUAAGGUGAUCAGUCCUGGGCAGCAGACCUGAGGUUGUACUGACCAGAGGUGAGUUCAGGGCCCUGGCUGAAGCCCAUGCUGGGCUGAGCCUCCUGCAGACAAAGGCCUGCAGAACCUCCAGAGCCCACCGUGCCCUCUCGGCUGCUUUAUAUUUAUCACCUCCCAGCAAACUGCCCAGCACGCCUCAAACUGUGUGAACACUAAAAUUAAGAUGCACCAAAAAGAGGCUGCAUCACAAAUGACACGAUGCUAAUUUUAAUCUCUCUUCUGUUCUGAAUGAGAACCUAUAAGAAAAAUGUUAAGUGAGAAAGAGCCCCUUUCUCAAACUUAAGCAGCAGACCUCUUGGGCUACUUUCUAAGUUCAUUUACAGUAGCCAAGGAGACAAAUCAGACUGCUUGGAACCAGAGAACCUGGCAGAAUAUGUGCAAUAUAAAUUAGAUAAAUCCCAUUUUGUCUCAACCAAUACUAUUUUAUAUAUGGCCUCCCUUGUCCCAGAAAGGGUUGAGGUCAGGCCUUGCCAUUUGUAUCAGCACUUGAGAGCCUUCCAGCCUCACAUGCCUGGGACUAGAGGGCCAAGGUGGGGCACCCAGGCUGCCUGACUUGGGUAGGUGCACUGCCUGGCAAACGGAGCACCAGCCUGCAAAUCCCCAGUAGCACAUCCCCUUAUCUCUAAAAUGACAGCAGCAGCAGCAACAGAUAUCUUUUACUAAGUACUACGUUGUAGGCAUGUAAAUACUCCUUAAGAAGCUGCUUACUUAACUCGCAUUAACUGUACAAUAUCAACGAUAACUACCCCAACUCUACUGCACAGAUACAGGGAUCACAGAGCUGGCAACUGGUAGAGGGAGGAUUCGAACUCAAGUCUACUCUUUAACACAAUAUUGUUAAUCAAAUAAGAUAAACGCUACAAGAGACUACAGAAUAGGGUACAAGUGCCAGGAAGAAAUCUGAUCUCAGCCACAGCGUGGCUGGCUCACUCGGCCUCUGCUCAAUAAUCAAAGACCUUGCAGGCUACGCCAGGGCUACAUUUCCACAGGUGUACAUCUUGCCUUCUAUCGUGUUUCCCAAAGGGAUGCCUGGCUCACAAAAGACCAAUUGUGAAUUGCAGUGAAUUCCUAGUAAUCUCAACCUCCACAAGGCCAAAAAAUCCCUCUUGCUCAUGAGCUCAGUAAGAGGCUACAGCAUCUGUGUGAGGAGCUUUGAUCCACGCUACCAGGCUGAAUACAACACGCCUAUGUGUCGAGGGGUACAGGGGACAAUUCAGGCUCUGAGGGAUUCCAUGGCCCGCGAAGGAUCAAAGGAAAGCUUGUAAAACGCAAGAGGGUACACGGAAGCCUGAUCUUCAAACUCUGGUCAGCUGCCACCUCUGCUCACGACGUGGGUUCCAGCUGCAGCCUCUCUGGGGCUGUCUUCCAGGAGCCAGACACCCGGCAAACCAGCAGGCAGAGGUCAGGAAUCACACAAGUUAAGACAAACAAGGACCACUGGUGUGCACCUUGAUAACCUUGCUUGAAAGGAACAGCUGGGUUUCCUAAACUACACAUGUCAGAACUCAGGCAAAGUGAGGUGAGAAAACCGCUCAACAAACCACUCCUGCUUCCUCCUGCAGGUGCUGUGGGGGCCUGCACCGUCUCCAUCACACAACCACGUUACUUGGAAGUGGACCUCACUUACAAGACUGUCACUAUCGAUUGCACCUUCUCCAAGAGUGGCUGCCCUUCGGCGCAAACAACAAGCUUGUGGUUCCGCCAUGGCGUGCAACAGCCUGAGAACCUGUGCUUGAAUGGCUGCAGAAGUGAGGCAGACAAAUUCACAGUGAGGGAAGUACUAGCCCAAAAUCAAGUUUCCCUCACCAUAAACAGAGUGACUUCAAACGACAGUGCAAUUUACAUCUGUGGAAUCGCUGUUGCUACUCAUGCACUGGCACCGGGAGCUAAGCAAACUGGAGAUGGGACCAUGCUGGUGGUGAGAGAAAGCAAGCUUCUCAGCAGGGAAGUGCGGAGCCUGCUGACGGCUCUCCUAGCAUUGCUCUCCAUCUACAUCGCUGGCGUCUGCGUCAUCUUCAUCAUCUUCUCCAAAGCAAAAUCUAACAUCCUAAGAAACAAAAAAACAAAAGAAGAUCCACAAAAGAAAAGUGCUCGGAGAAUUUUUCAGGAAAUUGCUCAAGAACUGUACCAUAAGAGAUACGUGGGCAGAAGCCAACAACCUGAGAAAGAAAACAACACUUAUGAAAACAGAAGCACACUCUCCUACUAUGAAAGACCAUAAAACCAAUGCCAUUUUCACCUAAGUCACUCAAUGUGCAACUCCAGAUUCCCUGGCAACAUUAAUGGACACAGACCAAGUAGGUCUUAGAAAGAAAUACCAAAGUUAUAAACGGACAAAACAACUGGCUGUGAGGAAAAUACCAGAGUAUAAAACACCAUAGCUGAAGGUAAUUAUGAAAAUACUGAAACUCAACAAAAUACAGCUAAAAAUAUUUUCCUAAUUUGUGAAAAAAAAAUUCUCAGCAGCCUAACAGUUUCAAAAAGUUCAGCCUAACUUUUCCAAACAUUUUUACAAUAUGCAUGCUCUGCUUGGUUCAUUCAAUGUAUGAGGUAUGUGAUGACUGUCACCCUGAGGAGCUUUAGAAGUUAAACCACCUGCUUUAAUCGUGAGUGGAAGACUUGUCGUUGUAAGUUGUAGACAGGAUGGGACAAUCAGAAUCAGCUGGAAGGGAAAAAGGGCAAGAGGACGGUGCCAAAAUUUGAGUUUGAGAAGUUCGUUCUGAAAAGUACCUCGAAGUAAAAGUCAUUUCUUCUGAUACUGUAAUGGGGCAAUAGUAUCAUGCAUAUUUUCCUGGUGCAGGAUGCCAAAUAACUUACAUCAUGCUACCAACAAAAAGUGAGAAGAGACAAAAGAAUAGAGUCAGAAGACAAAAGUCAAGAUACAAAGACUCCAAAGCUGAUUAAACAGAAAGUUCCGGGACAAAUAAGCCACAGCUGACUCUAGAUGUCAGUGUUGUGUUAAUUUACAACACUGGGGAAGGCAUGGGCAAUGCACUGACUUUACAAGGACCUCAGCAAGACUAACUUAACUGUUAAGCAACAUAGGAAGGUAUCAGAUAAGGGACUGGGUACAGCAAAGACAGUUCUGCAGUUAAUUAUCAUUUCACUAAAAAAAAAUAGUAUAGAUUCCUCUCUGAAAGCUACCUGAGUGUAAAAAUCUAAAAUAUCCAAAAGUGUGCAUGCAUCAUGAAACAUGAAUUAUAAACUAUUAUAUGUAUUUCAUUAAAAUACUUCUUUUAAACUGG